GCUCGACCUUUCCCAUUGUCCUCCUCUUCUUCCCACCUUAUCUUCUUCUUCUUCUUCUUCAUGGCGGCGGCUUCCUCAUCUCUCCAUCUCCCUUCCAUCUUUCCCAAAGCCCUCACCAUCUCCUCCAGGGUCUCUGCUCUUCCUCUCUUCUCUCUGGUUUCCUCCAGACCCGUCAAGGUUCUGCCUCUUGUUCUCCAAUGUCCCAAGACCCGGCACAUCGCUAUCCCUAGGGUUGCGCUCUCGUCCGACUUCGAGGAGAAACUGGAUGAGGACGCCGAUGAGCAGGGCGGAGAGGUUGCCAGUUUCUCGCCGGAGCUUAAGCUAUUUGUGGGUAACCUCCCCUUCACUGUUGACAGCUCAGAGCUUGCCGGCCUCUUUGAAAGCGUGGGCUCUGUCGAGAUGGUCGAGGUUAUCUAUGAUAAGCUAACAGGGAAAAGCCGAGGGUUUGGAUUUGUGACCAUGUCCAGUGUUGGUGAAGUCGAAGCUGCGGAAAAGCAGUUUAAUGGUUAUGAACUCGGGGGGAGACCAUUGAGGGUGAGUGCAGGGCCACCUCCCCGUAAAGAUGAUUUCCCAUCAAGAGGAUCCCGGUCAAUUUCUAGUUUCAAUUCUCCUAACAAGGUUUAUGUGGGUAACCUUUCAUGGGGUGUUGACAAGUCAACUCUCGAGUCCCUGUUCAGUGAACAAGGAAAGGUGAUGGAUGCAAGAGUGGUGUAUUGUAGGGAGAGUGGUAGAUCGAGAGGCUUUGGUUUUGUUACUUACAGCACUGCUGAGGAGGUCGACAAUGCUAUUUCGGCACUUAAUGGUUUUGAUCUUGAUGGCAGAAAUAUUCGUGUAAUGGUGGCAGAGGACAAGCCGAAACAGCAGUUUUGAUUGCUUGAUUUUCCCGUUUCCAGUUUUUAUGGCCACAACGCAGUUUUGUCAGGUUUCAUGGCAAGUGAUGAAUUUUUCUGCUGAAUUAUGGUCCUAGGAAGCCUUUCUUAGGAAGCUACUUCUGGAUAUAACUUUGGAACCGGAUAUGUUGCUGUGAGGUAAAAGUAAAUGCUUUACUUGGUUUAGCUUAAACAGACUCCUUUUGCUGAUUGAUUUUUCUGUUGCCCUUAGAUUUCUGCUGUCAAAUAUUUUAAAGCAUUUGACGUUACAUUUUUCGUGUUUAAUUUCUCAGUAUGGCUGAAUAAUUUAGAUUGAA